AUGAAACCCGACAUCGACCCAGUCCCCGCAGAUUUGAUCCUAACGCUGCUAUGGGGGAAUCAUCUGGAUGGUCAUAAGCUUCGUACUGGAAAGACCUUAGCCACCCUUGAUAAAGCAGCCUACCUGGAUUAUUUCCAACUCCAAUAUGGCUACUUUACCCGAUCCCACGACAGCAAUUACAAUGAUAUGCAAAUCAUCGAGUAUGUCGUUAAUGGCAUCAAAUCAGGGGUAACUAAGGAGACCAUAUUCUCCAAUCUCAAAUCAUGGGCAGGCUCUGACAAGCUUUGCGGUGAAAAAAUCUACGAAGACAUUGUGCACCUAACCGCCAGAGCGCUUGUUAUGUGCAAUAUAGGCGCUUUGGAUAACCAAGCCAAUCCUCGACAAUACUUGGAAUGGAAAUCGACAGACAAUUUACAAGGUGUUAUUAGAGGUCAUUUUCAUGCUGAACCGCAAUUGCAAGAGCGAAUGAGACUUCCAAAAACCUUUGAUGCAUGGGCGAUUGAAAGAAUUGGAGGCAUCUUUAUUCAAUUCACAGAUAACCUCGCAGAUCACCUACUCCUUGUAAACGACGAUACGACUCUUCUUGUUUUUCACCAUGUGGCUUUCUUGGAGCUUCAGACAAAGGAGUCUCUUCUCCCCGAAGCUCUCGUCGAUGAAACCUUUCGCACGCUCGCUCUCCUCUUCCCGCAGUCCGAGUUCAUAUCUACCCGCCGAGCGACGCGUGAAAAACGGGACUGGUUCAAAAAGCUCUGUCAACGACAUCUCAGUGGUCACCGAUGCCAGGUGGAUGAUCAGAUUUUGCGAUGUGGAACAUUGAAAGCGGACGCACGACAGAUAGAAAGGUUUCAGUACUGGCGAGACCGUUUGGUGGUACUUAAGCAGAGCUACGAUGAUGCCACACCGGCAACUCUGACUCAAUGGUGGUUUGACAGAAGGAAUGGCCCACAGUGGUAUACGUUUUGGAUCGCUAUCACCGUGUUGAUAGUUUCAACUGUGCUAGGCUUGAUACAAUGUGUCCAGGGUGCCCUCCAAGUCUACAAGGCUUAUCACCCUGAGGGCUAA